AUUCAUCGUUGCUUAUGUCAGAGUCAGUCCAAGUAGUGUGAAAAGAGAAGACAUCGACAGAUCCUUCCCAGUUUCCUUUCCUUGGAGAGGACGCAGCACGCCAUCUCUGACCACUCACAGCCAGCUAGCUUGCUCCACCACACUUCCCCUAUAAAUACACCACCAGCAGCUAGCUCGCUCACUCAUCAGCCUCGCUCUCGCCAAGCCAAGACACAAAGAAACCCAACGGCGAGCGAUCGAGGCAGGAAAUCCAGCCGAUCAGGAUGUCGUCGCAGCAGCAGCAGCCAGUGAAGCUCAUCACGGCGUUCGGCAGCCCGUUCGCGCACCGCGUGGAGGUGGCGCUCGCGCUCAAGGGGGUGCCGUACGAGCUGGUCGUGGAGGACCUGGCCAACAAGAGCGAGCUCCUGCUCGCACACAACCCCGUCCACCGCUCCGUCCCCGUCCUCCUCCACGGCGGCCGCGCCGUAUGCGAAUCCCUCGUCAUCGUCGAGUACGUCGACGAGGCGUUCCACCGCGGGGCGGCGCCGCGGAUCCUCCCCGCCGACCCCUACGACCGCGCCACCGCUCGCUUCUGGGCCCACUUCAUCGCCGACAAGUGCCUGAAGCCGCUGUGGCUGUCGAUGUGGACGGCCGGCGAGGCGCAGGCGCGGUUCGCGAGGGAGACCAAGGAGAGCCUGGCGGUCCUGGACGCGCAGCUCGAGGGCAGGAGGUUCUUCGGCGGCGAGGCCCUCGGCUUCGUCGACCUCGCCGCCUGCACGCUGGCGCACUGGCUGGACGUGCUGGAGGAGGUGGCCGGGGUGCGCCUGGCGGGGGACGGCGAGUACCCUGCCCUGCGCCGGUGGGCCAAGGAGUACACCGCCGACAAGACCGUCAGGAGGUUCCUGCCCGACAGGGGCGAGCUCGUCGCCUUCUUCGCCGCCAACAAGGAGAGGUACUCGUCGAGGGUCAGGGCGGCGAUGAUUUGAAGCUGGAGAAAAUUUUCAAAUAUGCCAAGUGUACGAGUGUGUAAACAUUAUUUAAAUUUUACCGUGUUUCAGGGGAAAAAUUCGUUUCAAACAAGGUAAAUAAAUUCGUAAUUUGUACAUA